AUGAAAGAGCCUGAUUUAUUAAUUAAAUGUAAAACCAUUUUAUUAAAUGUACAUUCUAUAUCUACUGUAUUUGAGAAAAAUACUAUAAUUGAAGAUGAAACUAAUGAUUUAAUUGUAUGAUUUAAAAUAUUAAUAUAGGAACUUAAACUAUAAUGUGAGGAUCAUCCAUAAAAAAAGAUUAUAUUGCUCGAUGUUGGUUAAGAGAAAAUAUGUACAAAACGUUUGGCUUGCGAAAGCUGCAUAGAUAUUCAUCCUUCAUUACAUUAUAAAUCAAUUACCUAUGUACAUUCUCAAUGGAAAUAGGUAUUAUAAAAAAGACAAGAGAAUAUGAAUAAGAAUUUAGAAUCAAUGCAGUAAAAAGUAGAAUCUAUUAAAAAUAUGUUGUAAUAGAUGUAAAAAAGUAUUAAUUAAUAAUUUGUGGAAUCAAUAUAGAAAUUGACUUCUAAAUUUAAUUAAUAUGGAAUUCAAGUGGAUGAAGUUCAAAAAAAAAUAAAAAUCUCUUGGAAAAAAUUAUCGUAAGAAGAUAUAUCAAAAAUUGCUGAAGAAUUAAGUAAGAUUGAUUAGCCCUCUAUUUUUGAUGAUCCCCUAUUACAUGAAUAUACAACCUAAGAUAAUUAAGUUAAUAAAAUUGUGCAAGAUAUUCUUCUUUCCUUGUAAGAAUCCUAAGCUACUCAAUUUAAUCAAUUAAAUCCAUUUAUUAAAGGGUAAUUAUUAUAAAAAAUGGAAAAAUAAUUAUAGGGUACUUAUGCUGGGUUAAAUUAGUUAGGAUAUACCUUAAAAGAUAUUGAUAUUUAAAAAAAAGGCAAAAAUUAAAACCAAAACUUAUCAUAAGAAAAGAAUUAAUUUACUUAUGAAAUAAUUCAAGAAAGUGUAAUUAAACAAUAUCAAAUUUGCUGUGCAGUAGCUUUUAAUAGAGAUUGUUCAUUAGUGGCUGUUGGAUGUGAUAAAUAAAUUAAGUUAUAUGAGUUUAAAUAAGGAAGAAUUAAACUAAUUUAACUUCUUAGUGAACAUUAAAAUAUUGUUACAACUUUAAACUUCAUGAGAAAGGCAAAUUAAUUAAUAUCAGGAAGUUUUAGUGAUGCUUAGAUCAUAAUCUGGUUGAUGAAUCAAAAAAAUUAAUGGAUUUGCUUAUAAAAAUUAAAUGGGCAUUCAAAAGGUAUUUCCUGUUUAAUUUUGAAUAAUAAUGAAGAUUUAAUUAUCUCAGGUAGUUUAGAUAAGACAAUUAAAUUUUGGGUCAAAAAGAAUAAUUGGGUAUGCUAAUAAACAAUUACUGAUCACUAAAAAGAUGUAAAUGCAUUAAGUUUAAAUGAGAAAUAAAAUAGAUUGAUUUCUUGUAGUGAUGAAAAUUAUAUAUUAAUAAUAGGAUUUUCAAAAAAGUCUAAAAAGUGGAUUGUUAAAUCGAGAAUAAUAAUAGAAACUUUUGGUAUUAGAUUAUGUUUUAUUAAUGAUAAUUUAUUUACUUAUUAACCACAUCAAAACGAUUAAUUGCAUGUUAUUGAAAUAGAUAAUUCAAAUAGAAAGUAUUUCAAAACAAAGGUUGUUUAAGUGAAAUUUAGUUAAAAGGAUUGCUAGUGUUUAUUUCCUUAACAAUAUAUCAAGUAAAAAUGCUUACUUAUUAAUAAAAAUGGUUAAUACAUCAAUUUAUUGAAGAAGAAUUAAAAUGACGAAUUUGAAAUUGGGCAAUUUAUUGAAUAUUAAACUAGCAGUAUAUAUGGGUGUAUGAGUGAUGAUGGAGAGUAUUUGAUCACAUGGGAUGAUAAUUCAAAAGAUAUUUAAAUUAGGAAAUAUUAAGAAAAAUGA